AUGUACCCGCAAAGUAACCAAUGCUUGACAAUUGAACAUCAAGGCGCAGAUGCGAGGUCUAUCCGAUUGCCAAGCAUCCAAUCCUUGUUGAACCCAAUUGUGUCAAGCGGUAACUCCUUGACAACUUUAACAUAAAUUUCGGAGAAUUUUCGGAAUUUCGGAGCCAAAAAACGAUUAAAAAUCAUUCAUGAUUUAUGUUCUCAGAGAAAUCGUUCAAUUUUCAUUUUCAUCUUUUUGUGCAAUAAAAAAUGUGUAUCUCAUUUUUUGUUUUGCUCGUAAAUUUUUCCGAGAUUUUCAGAGAAUUUCUAUUUCGAAAUUAUCUAUUUUUCAUGACUCAUUUAGUUUUUCAAAACAACAAAACUCAUGAUAUUUUGAGACAAUUGUUUUUUUUGUAUUAGGCUGGUUGAAAAUGAUACUUAAACUGAAUUUUGAAAUUUAAAAGCUUCAUUUCAAAAUAGAUCACCGCGUCAGUUUUUUUCCUAAGAUUUCAAUUUUUCUAAGACUUAGCCUAACUUUGUUCUUUUCCAUAAUUUUUAGUCUAAAACCUUGUCAAUCCAUCAAAAAGUACACAUUUCAAAAAGUACGAAUUUUUCAAGACUUAGUGCAAAUCAAGACUUUUUGUCAAGUUGUAAAAUGAUAUUCUUUGCUUUUUCAAGAAAAUUAAUCGCACAGGAAUUUUUGUCUCAUUUUUUGCCUCUACUCGCAAAAAAUGCACAGUUGUUCUUUCGUUCCGCCACAGAAAGAAAAAAUUCUUUAGUCUAGCUCAGAUUUUCUCUCGUUUUUUAUCCCUUCAAAGAAUUUUUUGAGGAAAAAAAAGAAUAGGAAGAAAAUGGGCGGUUCUACGGAUUUUGUUACUUUCACGGAAAAUUAUUAUUAUAUAUAAUAGAUUUUGAAAUAAAACUUUUCAGUCUAUAUUUGUAGUCUGACUUGUUUCGAAGUUUUUCUCAACAGGAAAAAUAUUAUUUUUGUUACAUUUAUUACAAAAUAUUAAUUUGCCUCUCUUUUACUCAUUAUUUCAAGCUUAUUGCUUCUCAAAAUCUCUAACAUUUCAGCCGUAUUCUCAAAGAUGACUGGUCUCAAAAGAUCAGCCACAAUCAACGAGACAACUCGAACUCGCCGUCACAAAUUUGCCCUAAAAUACGAUCUCAACAAUAAUUCGGAGCAAAAUCAGAAAGUUAGUUAAUCUUCAAGUUUCGAAGUUUCAAUAAAAAUUUCAAAUUUUCAGCGGGAUUCUGAAUCACCAUCUGCUUCACCAGAUUCGGCCCCCAAUGAGACUUUUGUUUGGGAUUGGCCGUUCAGCUCUGAUGGUAGGUUUUUCCGGGAAUUUCCCGGGAAAUCAUGAUUCCAGAUAGAAAAUUAGCCAAUUUUAGAUAAAACUUUGGGAAGAAAUCUAAACAAAUGAAAAAAAACAACGAGACUCCGCUUGUUUCCACUUUCCUAUUGUUUAGCGAAAAAUCGAUAAUUCUUAUUUUUGCUCAAAACUCUGAAAAUCCCUAUUCCCAGCCUACUUUCAGAACCUUUCAUAAAAACAAAUUUACAUAAAGCCUAAUUUUAUCGAUUUUUCUUCUUGCAGGAAUCGCUCCAGGAGCCUAUACACCCGAAAAAUUUGUGGUUUGUCUGCCAUUCAACAAAGGAGGAACCGGCGAAAAAAAUGGAACUGUAAGUUUUCUCAACCCUCAAAAAAACAAUAAACAGCUGUUCAGUUUUUUGACAAAAAAACUUCAAAAAUGAAACACGAGCCCUUGAAACAAAGAAAAAACUAUACAAAAAAUGACGAAAAAUCUUUGCAGACAAAAAAAUUCGAGAAAAUCGCCGAAUCGGAUUUUUCAUGGAGUAUGGGACUAUCAAGAGAUGCCGAGUUGGGAUCCACGUGUUUUUGGAGAUUGGAAAUUGAAAUUAUGAGGAAUUUGAAUUCGAUUGUAUUGAUUGCUUCAAGGUAAACAUUUACUACGUCGAAUAUAUAAGCAUCUACUAGAAAACCUAGAUUUCAUUUUUUUAUUCUAAAUCUCUAGUCAGCAAGUCGAAAUAUACUGGAAGAAGAUGCUUCAUUCAACAUACCUUGGAAAAUUCUUAUGAGACUUCCAAGAAAAAUCUAAUUUUUGCAGAGACAUCAGCCGCUACUACGAAAAUACAAAGCGUCUGAAGCGAGUUCGUAAAAUCUACCGACUCCCGGAUUACUAUGACGUGUCAACUGUGACAACAACAAUGUACGAUUGGGCGGUUUUAGUGGAGGCACAGAAGAAAUCGAUAAAUCGUCCAAUUAUGCGACGAGCAUCCACUUUUACAUAA